AUGAGGAAACUUCUGGGGAUGCACCUGAAACGACUUGUGAAUGGACUCAUUCUUUUCAUCUUGGGAUGCAAAGCUGACAGUUGGCAUGGCUUAGGCAUGGUCUAUGGAUUUGACAAUAUUGAACCAUCGUCCAAUCUCACGUGGACACCAUGUUUCGAUGACUUCACAUGCUCUAGACUGGAAGUCCCUUUGGAUCAUUCAAACAGAAGUCUUGGUACGACGUCACUCGCUUUUAUAAAACUGGCUGGCAAGAAUGCUACCUUCGAGUCCCCAAGCAUUGUACUCAUUCCCGGCGGCCCAGGUGGUUCUGGUGUCGACCUCCUCCUCACAUACCGGUCCCUCGUAGGGCAAAUAUUCGGAGAGCAGUACAACUUCGUCUCCUUUGACCCUCGUGGCGUGAACAACAGCAAUUUGAAUCUCGACUGUUUCUCGGGGAACGUAGAAGCAAGACUAGCCUUCAAUCGACUACACAAUACAGGCGCUACUGACAUCUCAUCAACAUCAAUUGAAGAACAGUACUAUUCAAGCUCUAUCUACGGAGAGUGGUGCAACAAUGCUGUCGAGAAGGAAUCACCUCACGGAUAUUAUGUGACUACACCGGCAGUUGCCCAUGAUCUGCUCACAUUUAUCGAAGCCGAGGCUGAGGUGGCCGGUCAAUCACCAUCAGACGCCAGAUUGUGGUGUUAUGGUAUCAGCUACGGCACUGUCAUCGGCAGCACUUUCGCUUCCAUGUUUCCUGACCGGGUUGGGAGAAUGGUACUCGACGGGGUUAUAAAUACAGAGCAGUAUUACAACAAUGACUGGAGGGAUAACGUCGACCAAAUGGACGAGGCCAUGAAGAAGUUCUCGAGUUUCUGUCAUUCCGCAGGUCCUAAAAAGUGUUCCUUCUGGGGACCCACGCCAGCUCACAUCAUGGCCAGAAUGGACGGCAUCAUCCACCAGCUUCAGCACCAUCCGGUCCCGGUAAGCGCAGUCCAAACUCGAGAUCUGCCGACACUGGUCACCUUAUCAGACCUGAAGGCUCUUUUCCUCAACACUAUCUACGCCCCACUGGCGAAAUUCCCCGCCAUGGCCGAUGCCCUACAUCAGCUCGAGCGUGGGGACGCGUCUGCUCUUGUGGGCAUGUUUGACGGCUUGACUUCUACAUCCGAUGCCCGUCUCGUCAUCCAGUGUGCCGAUUCGUAUCAUAGGAACAAGCUUACUACCAUCGAAGAAUUCAGGAGUUACAUCGAGUACACGAGUUCCAAGAGCAAGUAUACCGGUGAUAUCUACCCUAUCUUCUUGGAUACCAUCUUGUGCAAAUCAUUUCGACCGCGAUUGCCUGAUAGCAUGGUGGUUCAAGGCCCAAUAAGCGAACUCAAAGCGCCUACGUCCUUCCCGAUCCUAUUUGCGAGUAAUACCGUCGACCCUAUAACGCCAUUAAAAUCGGCGCGCAAGAUGUCUUCUCGAUUUACAGGAUCGGUACUCCUUUUGCAAGAAGCCGUUGGUCAUACAGUCAUCGACCAGGGUGCCUCGAACUGUUACUUUGGACAUGUUCAGGCAUACCUUCAAGGCAUAGUUCCACCGUUCGGCAUUACAUGCCCACAGCAGCACAUACCUUUCAUAGACAACCCUGUUUAA